AUGGGCAAAAAGAGAAAGGCCGGCGGCCGCCCAGCAAAAAAAGCUGAAGCCCCUGCGCGCACCAAGUUUGAUGUCGAAGAGCGCUUCGACGACUCAGAGGAUGACUUCCAGACCGGCCGCGACCAGAUCCUGCUGGACGAUGGCCCGGAGACUAAGCGGCGGCGGAGAGUCGCAGAAGAAGAGGAGAUGCUUCAGCCUUCCGAUGAGGAAAUUCUAGGUUACGAGGACGCGGACGAGGACGACCUCGAAGGCGAAGAGAAUUACGAGGACGAGGACGAUGAUGAUAUGGGUGCCCCCAAUGGCCGUCGUGGCGAGGAGUCUGACGAGGAAGAGGGCAUCGCAGCCUGGGGUUCUUCGAAAAAGGAUCUUUACAACGCAGACCAGAUUGAGACCGAGGUUGAUGCCUUGGAGGAGGAGCAAGAAGCCAAGAGAUUGCAGCAGAAGCAGCUGCAGGCUAUGGACGAGGCCGACUUUGGUUUCGAUGAAUCUGAAUGGGCGGACUCCGGCAAGGCGGAGGACGAAGCUGAGGAUGCCGGCGUGGUCACCGAAGUGCUCCCGCAGCUGGAGAUCACUGAGGAUAUGGGAACCGACGAGAAGCUAAAGAUCCUCAAGUCGAGGUAUCCCGAGUUUGAGCCCCUGGCAAAGGACUUUACAGACCUUCAGUCUACCUACCGGGAUCUUCAGAAGGCAGCAUCGACGGCCUCGACAGCGGCAAAAGAGGAUGAUGACGAGCCUCAACCAGCUCCUGUGGCUGUGGUGCAAUUGCGUGCACUGUCGGCGUAUCUGGGCACGAUCAACUUGUACUUUAUGCUUCUUGCUUCAUCUUCCGAUGGAAAUAACGGCAACAUGCCAAUUUCACCGGCCGAGCUUCGACAGCACCCUGUGAUGGGCUCUCUUGUGAAGUUCCGGAAACUCUGGGAGAAGGUCAAGGGUCUCGAGACUCCCGAGGUUCUUGAAGUUGCUAAGACUUCUGCCAAGGCAACUGCCAAACCCGAGCCUAAGGCCCAGAAACAGCAAAAGAAAACGAAGGAGGCUAAGGAGCCCGCACCGAAGAAGUUGAGCAAGGCAGAGAAGGCGGCUCUGGCAGCGCAAGCCGAAGCCGAAGCCCGUCGCGCCGAGCGUCUUGCGGAGACUGAAGCCGGCCUCGCUGAUCUGUCCAACCUGGCCACCGAGCCUGGUCAGAAGCGCAAGACCAAGAAGACCAAGACGCCCGCCAAGGACGACGACUCCGACUUUGGUGAUGAGGAUGCCUUGACUGCCCGCGAGGCUGAGGAGAAGGCCAAGCAGAAGCGUUCUCUCCGCUUCUACACCUCCCAGCUGGCACAGAAGGCCAGCAAGCGCCACAACGCCGGCAAAGAUGCAGGUGGUGAUGCUGAUAUUCCGUACCGCGAGCGUCUCAAGGACCGACAGUCCCGACUCAACGCCGAGGCCGAGAGACGUGGUCGUCAACAACCCGACAUCGGCCAAGAGCUCGGCGGUGACAGCGACGACGAAGACCGCCGCGUUGCCAAGGAGCUCCGCAAGGGCAACCAAUCCGGCAGUGACGACGAGUACUAUGACAUGGUCGCUGCGCGAGGCAAGCAACGCAAGGACGACAAGAAGGCUCGCGCCGACGCCUACGCAGCCGCAGCUCGCGAGGGUGGCCAGGUCCAGGUCCAAGAGGAAAUUGGACCUGAUGGCAAGCGUGCCAUCACCUACCAGAUCCAAAAGAACAAGGGUCUCACGCCGCACCGGAACAAAGACUCGCGCAAUCCGCGUGUCAAGAAACGUAAGAAGUACGAGGAGAAAAAGAAGAAGCUGGGUAGUAUUCGCCAGAUCUACAAGGGAGGCGAGAGCCGUGGUGGUUACGGUGGUGAGCUUACGGGUAUCAAAAAGAACCUGGUCAAGAGUGUUAAGCUCUGA